CGAUAGUCUUCGCACUUGAGAUGAUCAGUAGUGGGCUUUAACGAUACUGACAACCACAGUGACAAUAUCGCGACUAAUUAUCGCCGGAAAUAAACGAUGUUGCUUCUGUGGACGUUAUCAGCCUUCCUGGCCGCUGUUCAGGCCAGUGUCUGGCCUUAUCACGCAUCCCUGGGUUUGGUUCCAGCAACAGGUGAUGUGAUCAACGGUCCAACAUACGGAUACGAGCCGUCAGUAGCCUUAAGUGAGGCACAUGCACAAUCUAAUGCCCAUGCUCAUGCUCAUGCUUCCAGUGUUGCUUCUGCAUCAAAUGCGGCAUAUUCACCAAUUUAUUAUAAGGGUCUAGGAAGCCAAUCGGCAGUUGCAAGCGCAACGGCCCAUUCAUCCGCUGGAUCUUCAAUUUCAAGAGCAGGACCUGUCUAUGUAACUGGUCCUUCAGGAGGACCAGUCUCGAUAGUAGGACCUUCCACCUAUCCAGUCUCUGGUCUUGGCUCGAACAGUGGCUCAGCUGUUGCAAAUUCGAUAGCUCAAGGAGGAGGAACUGCAGGAGCAACGGCAGUGGUUGGCCCAUCCUCAAGACCCGUUUCUGUCCUUGGGCCUUCAUCUAAGCCAGUAUACGUCACUGGUCCUUCAUCUGCGCCAGUAUACGUCACUGGUCCUUCAUCUGGGCCAGUAUACGUCACUGGACCUUCAUCUUCGCCAGUAUACGUUACUGGGCCAAGCAGUGGUGGUUCCGCUAGUGCCCAUGCCCACGCUACUUCUGGUACCGCAAUUUCUGGUGCAUCUGCUGGCCCAGUUACAGUCACUGGCCCAUCCAGUGGAACCGUUUAUGUUAGAGGUCCUGUUCCUGCACCAGCAGUAAUUCGUGCACCAGUCGCUAGUCCAAUAAUUGUAAAAAGCGUUCCACAACAAGUGGUAUGGUGUCCACCAGAAGUCACUGAAUGGAGACCAAUACCAAAACCAUUUGCAGUUUUACCGGGUCGAGUUUCCCCGAUAUUAGGAUCAUCGGCUGGAAGCGUUGUAAUCACUGGCCCCUCUGCACCUUCCGCUAUUAUUUCUGGUCCCUCAGCACCUUCUGCUAUCAUUUCUGGUCCCUCAGGGACAAUUGCAACUUCGGGCGGAUCGGGAUGGCCAGUAACAAAAUAUUGGUAAAUAAAUGGUGACUAAUUGCGAACAAAAAAAUCAGACUCGAACAGAUAAAGGAACAUUGAUUAUUGAAUUAUUUAAACAAAUAGAGGUUAUAAAUGAGAAUAUAAAAUUGA